AACGAUAAUAGAAGACUUCAGUUGGAUGAAACAUGAAUGAUGGAUCUUACUGCUACCUACUGUUUAUCGUUAAUAUCGAAAGUAUUUCAGUGCAGUCAUAAAUCUUUACAUGAUUGGCUGACAGUUCGUCCUUGAAAUGUUGUUUAUUUGAACAAGAUGAAGCAUCUGAUUUCCGAGUCACAGAAAAGUUUUCUUUGUUCGGUGUACGGACGCUGGUCUUUUAUGUCAUUUUCUGAUACAGGAUGUUAAUAUUCCUCCGUGGUUUGUCUGGUGCAGUGACACCACUGCAUGUAAAUCCCCACGAGAAUAUACUGUCCGUAAAAAUCAGGAUGUUUUAUUUGAAAAGUAUACCUGUCCAGGAUCAACACUUGUUGUACGCUGGUGUUGAAUUAACAGACAAUACAAUAUUAUCCACUGUGAAUAUCGGACAUGGAGCUUUAUUACGUCUUGUCUUGGGAUUAAGAUCUGGUCCCCUAGGUAGAUAUCAUUUCUGCAAGAGCUCCACGGUAAUCAACCAAAAUGAUGAAUCCUUACAGCAAACGUCUACUACUGAUGAAGCCCAAUCACUUUCUCCAGUAUCAUCAACAUCUUGCUCAUCAUCAUCAUCAUCAUCGCCUACGUCUACGUCAACUAUUGGCUUCCCAUUGAUAUGUGUUACACCUGCAGUCAAUGUGACCAAUUGUAGAUCAAGUAAUACAUUAGAAAAAACUGGAACUGAUGCCUUUCUCACCUCUUCAUCUGAAUCCUACAAUAACAUCAGUGACGAUAAUACGAAUGACAGUCAUCAAACAUCUGAUGAUGAGAUUAAUCAGAUUGCUGAAUUUCUUGGUUAUGCAAUCGAUGAAAGUGAACACCUACUACAUCCAGCAUAUGACUGUACAGCUGUGUCAAGUGAGAACCAAACAUACGGUGUAUAUCAUGACUACAAUGAAGAAGCUCAUUAUUAUCAUCAUGACCAUCAUCUGUAUAUUCCACAACACUUCAGAUGGUUGAUAACACCAAGUUAUAACUUUGCACAACGUUUGAAUAUGCUGGAAACUGAUUCCUACGACUCAUCUGAAAAUAUUGAUUCGAAGAAUUCUUCCAAAUGCUUUCAUGGACUAACGACUGUUGAAGCACCCUCAGAACGUUGUCAGUCAACUGGUUCUCUGUUUACUUCUGGUACUUCCACUAUGUCUGCUGCUUCUGGUACCAUUCAUUUGAACUCUCCUCUUUGUCAAUUUAAAUUCAAUCCACAAUCUGGUCUAAGAGUACCGUACUCGUCUUCGCCUAAUGUAAAUUGCACUGAUAUAUCAUCAAAUGUUAUUAUUGAAAAUGACAGAAAUAUUCAUAUUUCUUCUGAGGUAAAAAACAAUCGAUUAUCUCAUGUAUGCAGUGGUGAUGUGGAAUCAAAUAUCCACCGUUCCAGUCCAAAUAUUCCAUUGCCCAACACAGAGACUCUUAUUUCAUCCUCUCUUGACAGAAGUAAUCCCACUGCUGCUACUACCAUUUCUACUACAUCCAAUUCACUUAUCAAUGAUUUGACUAGGUUACACAAUCAUUCAUUGACAUUUUUAUCCUCUCAUCAUUCAUCCUACCUAAGUAUGCAAAUGAAAUAUUCUGGUGUUGGUGGUUGGGUCAGUUCACCUUCACUGACCAAUGAUUCUUCCGUAAAACUACGAAUAAUCACAUUGUCAUCAUCAAGUGGUGGUAGUAAUGAUGCUAAUAAUAGUAAUAAUACAAAUGCUGGAAAGUUAUGCAAUUCGGUUUUGUGUAAUACUGUUGUGACAGAAGAUUUACAUCAUACUAAUCGCAAUGGUUGUGGAUUACCACCACCAUCAUCACUUCGACUGCAUAAUAAUCAAGUUUGCCGCGUACAACUUCAUUCCAACCAUUGUCACCAAGAGCAUAUCAUUACUGCCGAUAGUUUAUUGGAUAACGAUAAUGAUCAUAAUAAUAGUCAACAAAUCGAGCAUAUUGAACUUACUGCAAACUGUAAUGAUGAUCUACAGAGAUCUCUUUCAUCUAUAUCAAAUACUACUGAGACACUUUCUCCUCUAUCUCACUCUUCCUCCUCAUCCUCCUCCUCCUCAUAUUGUUCAACUGCACAUUCUAACAAGUCUAGAUGUUAUGAAUGCAAUAAGCGAACAAGAUUAGCAUGCGGUUUUACUUGUCGGUGUGAACGAUGGUUCUGUGCAAAGCAUCAUCAUCCAGAGGAUCACAGGUGUAAUUUCAACUUCAAGACUAUGGUGAAUUCAACGUGAUUCACUGUGAAAUGUGCUCCUCUUCCAAGCAAUUAACACACUUACCUCAUUCUCCUCUUGUUCAUUAUCUUACUUUAUUGUUUGUUAUCUGGAAAAAAAAAGAAUCCGAAAGAGAACGAGAAAGAAAAGGUAUUCUACGUUAUGUACACUGCUGAAAUUGUUGCUGAUGCUGCUGCCCUAGAGGAUGCAUAAAGGUCAAAUUCACAUCAUCUUUGCAUGUUUGUGUUGUGUACUUGUGCUUAAACUGAAUUUGAUAUCAUUUUUCUAAAAGUUUUUCUUUUAUAAACUAAAAUAAAGCUGAUAAUCAGGCUUAUUAUGUGUACAAAUUUCGACUUUUAUGCGUGUAUUUAUCAAUGGAAUCAGCUUUUCAUUUGUUUCAAUGCUUUCUUUACAUUAUAGGUGUUUUUUUUCUACAAUGCGCUGUUCUCGGCGCGUUGGCGGUGUAGCGUCGUCUUCGGAUAUAUAUUUAUAUGCUUGUGUGUGUGUGUAUGCCUUUUACUCUAUUCUGCUGUUUGUUGUUGUUUUUUAAUCUAGGACAAACUGAAAAGCUUAUUUUUCUGUAAUUUCAUGUAUGUUUUUUACUCGCGUGAUAUAAUUAUUAGCAUAGAGGAGAGAGGUUGGUUUUUGUUCACCUUUAUUACUAAAUAUAGAUUUCACCUUGACGUGUCGUACCACUCCACAAUUUCUAUCUCGUGAUUUCCACUCACCCUAUCUGCUCAUGUUGUCGAGUUCAGUAUGCGCUUGUUCAACAACGUACUCACUACCGUUUUUGUCUGCGACUUCCCCUCCCACACACAAGUAUAGAGCGCACAGCAUCAUUGAGCCUGUUGUAUCUGCUUCAAAUUGUCUGUGUCCGCUUUCGCUCUUCCUUUUAUGUCCACCUUUUGCUACCUUUCGGAUGUCUACAAUACAUUGCUAUUUGUUUCCUUGUUAUUAAUAUGAUCAUUAUUGUUGUUGAUAUUUUUUACUUAGCUGGUUGAGCAAGUGAUUUCGUUUGUAAUUUCCUUCUCAUUGUUUUUCUAUGUUUUACGUGUUCAUGCUUACUGCGGAACCUUUAUUCAGAAUAAUAAAGGAAGUAAACUAGUAAUUAUAGUAAUCACAGUACCGUUUUCUGUCUCCAUUACAACGUACUGAAAUAACCAAUUCGAUUUUCUUCAUUUCAACUGAACAGGUAGAUUUUCACAAAGUUCAGGAAUCUAAUUGGUCAAUUCAGUCGAUGUGACCUCAAACAAAUGACCUUGGGUUUGAAAUCUUGUAUCCUAUUGGCUGCCGCUUAAUUGCUUCACACUCUAAAGUUAUUGACUUUUGAAAACAAGAAUUCAGUCGUUGUUAUUAUGAUAAAGCAGAUAAGAUGAAACAACUAGUGAGGGC